AUGCUUCUGAAACUAUUGCUUCCACUCGCGUUGAGUAGCCUGUCGAUUGCGUCGCCAAUGCCCGGUUCCAAUGCAUAUAAUUACAAUUGCACCAUCGAUCGAGCAGUCGACGGGGCUUUGGUUAAUGGCUCAGUUCCCAUUGACACAAGCCCUAUGACUGCCUGGGACGGGCCUAAAAUCGCCGCUUUCAACAACACAGCUAUAGAAGAUUGGUCCUUCGAUGCGGUUUCGGACGACGCCCUCGCUGGCAUCACGAUAGCCUUCAGCCGCGGUACAAUCGUUGGUCGGCCCGCUGCCCAGCGUGUCUACCUCUUUGCCGCCUUCCCAAACGGUACAACUUUCUCUGAUAUCACCUACUUUGAUUUCUCAACGGUCAAGCAGUGUCGUGGCUCGACUGUCGGUACCUGGACAAAUGUUACUACCGGCUCGACUUGGACUUUCAAUGCUGCAACAGACCUGAAAAGUGCGAAAAUCACCAUUGACUCACCAAGAAUUAAAGGCGUCUAUACCAUCAAGUCCAAGAGCCCCCCAUUCUUUCCCAAUGGCAAAGGACCCGGCGACAUUGAGGGUGAUGUCUUUUUCUCACCCCUACUCUACUGGCAAGAAACAGCAGCUAUCGGCGACGUCAAGGCCACCUUCACACUCGAUGGCAGCCAGCUUGAAUUCCGCGGAGUUGGAGGCCGAGAGCGGAACUGGAUGCCCAUUGGUUGGGCUCAAGUAUCUGAUGGUUGGCAUAUGUCCCGUGGUGUUGCGGGGCCUUACAUCUACGUUAUCUGGACGCUAGACUCCAAGAUUGACGGCAAGAAGUAUGACCAUUUUGUGCUGAUCAAAAACAAGAAGAUCAUCUUCCAGUCGGCGUCUUCCGAGAUGUCUGAUACUGAGAAAUAUGGGGUUUAUAACUUCCCCAUUGAAGGACUGAUUAAGGGGCCUUUUACGGAUAAUUCUACAGGGCAAGGAGCGGACUUUAUCAAUCCUGUUUCGAGAGAGCGCUGGAACUUCGUGAUGGAUAAUACUCAGGUUGUGUACUCAGAGAGAACCGGUAAACUGACAGGAUAUAAUGGGUUUGUGGGAAAAGUCUCUGGAGGAAAGGUUGGCGGGAAGCGAUAUGAGGGAUAA